AUGGACAAAGACAGUCAGGAUGUCUGUCACGAGCUGAACGAACUCAAGAACAAAUUCCAAGCCAUGAGGAAGCAGAUCAAUAACAUGCCUGGGAUCGACCUGACCCCCGAUCAGCAGCAGCAGCACCUCCAGAGCCUGCGAGUGCAGGUACAGACCAAGAACGAGCUCCUGCAGAAGUACAAGAGCCUUUGCAUGUUUGAGAUCCCCAAGGAUUAG